GGGGAUCGGCAACCAAAUGGAGCGGGACGGCCGAUUGGGUGACGCGGCGGGCGCCUGCGGAUGUGCGCUGGGGGCGGACGGUGGGCGCCUGUGUGACGGAGGAGGCAAGUCAUCCGAGUCCGAGGCGGCUGCUUACUCCCGCAACAUGCAAUCUCUGCGGCCUGCGGCGCCGAUCGAGAUCGUACCGCUUUGCAAGCCUCGCCGGCCAGCCCACCGUUCUUUAUAUACAGCAUCCCAUUCCAGCCAUGUCCCCACUGCGCCCCGUCCGAGUCCGCUCCUCUCUGGCCCGUCCCAUACUCACUCCUCCUCACCCUCAUGGCCAUCCCUGUGCACAAAGCCUCCCUCGUGGACCCCUCCCUCCACAACCCUGCCCUUCUCCAGCUCAUCAAGAUCGAGUUGUCUCGUAACUUCAUCGAGCACAUCGUUGACACCGUCGUCGAGACUGUCGACUAUGCCUUGGGUCGUCCCUCGUCAUCAUCGCGAGGACGCUCCCUGUCGCGGCAUUCAGAACACGCCAAGUUCACCAACUUCGUCGCGGAGGUGAUCCGCAAGGCAGAGAUCAAGGUCCCUGCCCUCCUCGUUACCCUUGCCUACGUCGACCGCGCCAAGCCGCACCUCCAGAUUGCACUCGAGCAGUGGGCCUGCGAGCGUGUCUUCCUCGGCGCUCUCAUUGUUGCUAACAAGUACACCAACGACUCGACACUGAAGAACGUGCACUGGGCGCUCUGCACAGGUAUCUUCGGCAAGCGCGACAUCGGCCGCAUCGAGCGCGAGUUCCUCGACGUGCUCGACUUCGAACUCGGAGUCUCCGAGCAGGACGUCCUCGCGCACCAUGCCGCCAUCAUGACCCUCGCGCACCCCUCCCACCACCUCGUCCGUGCAUCGCCCUCACCCGCGCGCACUCGCCCUACCUCGCGCUGGAGCUCGGACUCGGACUCGACCGACGUCGACAUGGACCAGGACUCGGACGCCUCGACGUCCUCCGGCACGCUCGCCUCGCCGCGCACGCCUGCCGAUGCACACACACUCUACCCGCCCGCGCCCGUCUCCGCCCCACUCAAGCAUGCGCACUCACUCGGCUCGGGCUACAACCGGAUGUCCUCCGCGCUGCAGCUCCUGCACUCCUUCCCCCUUCCGCACUUCAGCUCGCAUUCGCGGGCGGCUUCGCAGCCACGCCAGCGCCGGCCGUCGGGCGCGUGUCGGCCGCUGCAAGUACAUCCGAGUAUCGCCCCGCCCACCGCGGCGUACGCACCGCAAGUGCUCGUAUGA